AUGUCGGAGAUGUCCGCAUCUACAAUUCCAGAGUCUGUUUUGGCCGGCUCUGGGAGUAUGGGGCCUGCAUCUUACGCUACUAGGUCUCCAGAAGAUGAUGUGAUUCCCACAGCCAUUGUGAUAAAAAACAUUCCGUUCGCAAUCAAAAAAGAGCAAUUACUCGAAGUCAUUUCCAAGAUGAAUUUGCCGCUGCCUUAUGCGUUCAACUACCACUUUGAUAACGGGGUUUUUCGCGGUCUGGCAUUUGCUAAUUUCGCUACCACUGACGAGACGACCCAAGUCGUACACUCGCUGAAUGGGAAAGAAAUAGGUGGUAGGAAACUACGCGUCGAGUACAAGAAAAUGCUACCACAGAUGGAGCGUGAACGGAUCGAGCGUGAAAAGCGAGAGAAACGCGGUCAACUGGAGGAGCAACAUCGCACCACUUCUGCCCUCUCACUUCAAUCUUUGAACAAGUCCUCGAGUGGCGGAAACCCAAAUGCCAAUAGUCCUGGAAAUUCUUUAGCACAGCUAUCUACCAAUGACGGUUCUAAUGCCACUGUCCAACGUCCUCAAACACCAUCCGAGGGUCUUUCAAAUAUCGCAAACCAGAACAUACCACCACCACUAUCCUCCAACGCAAGCUCUCAAAUGUUUCAUAACUUUGUUAGCGGAGGGAGCAGCAAUGCCACAGGUGCUCCUACAAAUCCUUUAAUGUCACCUCAACCUUCAAUGACCCCACAACCGCUUUUAUCUGCCCAGAACACUGCAACGUCCAUGGCUUUACCAUCUAAUUCUCUAGCUGCAAGCUCCUCAGAACGUUAUUAUGCUCCUCUUCCAGCCUCGACUAAUUUGCCCUUGCCUCCACAGCAGUUGGAUUUCAAUGACCCUGACAUUUUGGAAAUAUACUCCCAACUAUUACUUUUCAAAGAUCGCGAAAGAGCAUUCCAUGAGUUGGCAUACCCAGUUGGACUUUCCGCCACCCACAAGCGUGUCAUCAACGUGCUGUGCUCGUUUCUGGGAUUAGUCGAAGUCUAUGAUCCUAGCUUCAUAAUUAUUCGUCGCAAAAUUUUGGACCACGCUGCUUUGCAAUCACACUUGCAGCAAGAGGGUCAAUUAUCUUUGAUGCAACCUUUGCAACCCAGCUCUACAGGCGGUUCUGGAAUGUCCCGUUCCCACUCGUACACCUCCCUGCUACAAGCCCAUGCUACAGCAGCAGCAGCAGCAGUAAACAAUAAUAAUGUCGGACAAGGUGUUCACAUUCCACCACCUUCUCAAUCCCCUCUUCUUCAGCCCACCGCGGUGCAUCAACUAGACUCGCAAAACCAGCAGCAGCAAUCAAUCUUGAGACCACCGUCUACACAGACGCCAUCGUCUUCGAUCCUACAGAACAGAAUUCCCACUGGAUAUGCGAACAAACACACAACACCAUCUGCUUCGAACAAUCCUUUGCUGAGAAAUGCAGGUGUGUCUCCUACCACUGGACAAGUACAACCUAAUACUACUCAACGGAUGCCAUCUUUCUAUUCUCAAACGCCUUCUACGCCUAAUUUGAACGAGAAUCGUUACAACAGUACACAAAAUCUGGUUCCACAACACACCAACAGCAGUUUUCAUUCCAACUACUCUGUACACUCGUUUCACGAUCCUUCGUCUGCAGCUGCAGACUCCCAGAACCACGGAAUGAUGUACGGUUCUGCGUCGCAGUUAGGACUAGGUCCUGAAUUGGAAGGCGAUCUAAGCCGGUCGCUAAGUGGACUUGACAUUCAGGGAAAGAGGAACUUGUGGGGAUAA